AUGAACAAGUGUACGGUGGGAAGACUGUUGAUCUGCCUGCUGGUUGCGUUCAUUGCGGGAGCGCACGGUGCCAGCAACUAUCUGUACGAGUCUGACGAGCGGUACCCGGUACCGUCCAACCUGCUCGAAGGUGCUGAUGACGUCGAGGACAGUGAUCGGGCGAGUCUUACGGAUGACGGGCUGUUAGAAAACUACCUGGAAGGUGGAGCCUCAAAACGAUCAUCCCUGAUCCAGGUCUACCGAAGGGGAUGCAUUCCGCGGGGUGGCAACUGUGACCAUCGGUCUAACGACUGCUGCCACAACAGCUCCUGUCGGUGCAAUCUCUGGGGCUCGAACUGUCGCUGUCAACGUAUGGGUCUGUUCCAGAAAUGGGGAUGA